UGUAGAGCUGGUUCACUAUCUUCCUUUUCCGUUUUCAGCUCCGACCAACUGAGGAGGAGUAGAAAUGGCGUCGUCGGCAAGAGAAUGGAUUGAAGUAGACGAAACGGCGAAACAAUUUCUCACCAGGGUUUUCUCAGAGCGGCCAUUUCAACCAUUACCUCCACCUCUUCAUCGCAUUCCUCUCCGUCCCGGCAAUGUUGUAGAAAUCGUCGGUCCUUCUCCUUCUUCAAAAACUCGCAUUCUUAUGCAGGCUGCUAUUAAUUGUAUUUUGCCUAAGGAGUGGAAGGGUGUAAACUAUGGAGGCUUGGAGCGAUUAGUUAUGUUUGUUGACCUGGAUUGUCGUUUUGAUGUGUUAAGCCUUUCACGAUUACUGAAGCAGCGGCUCAUUCGAGCAAAUGUCAGAGACUGCUGAUCAGCAACAAAGUUGAAUCAAAUUAAAAGAUUCAUCACCCUUGAAGAUUCGGUACAUC